CUAUGGAAAUACAAGUAGUACCACUGAAUACGUUAAUUUUCAGUUUAUUCGCAUAAAAUCUUUGUUUUCAUUGUCAGAUGUGAUCGUUAGUGCCGUUUCACAAAGGCAGAAGUAACAGCUUUUGUUAGAUCAAAAGCACUAGCCUGGCCCAAUUGAAACCAAAAGGUUCCAUUACUUUAGGUGUGUAAAUUAUAAAAAAAAUACUUUUCUGCUGUAUAAUGAAUAAUGACUGUUCAAAAUGUGUAAGUAUUAUACUCUGAAAGCUCUUCAGGAGCAGCACAUCCUUUAUCAUUCUUGUCACAGGAUAAACUGAGCCAUGAGAGAGGAUAAAGCAACGACUGUGAGUGCUGGGAAUGUUCAGCGUAAUUGCGAGGUAAUCUCAACCAUGCAGUGACAUGCAACAGCAAAAUAGAGGAUGACAUCAGAAGCUGAAAGGAUGACUUGUUUGUCUUUUCUCAAGUCCUGUGUUUUCUUCCAUUAGUCUUUGCCAGUUCCUGAAAUCAUCUUUGUUAAAGAGCUAAUGUAGACAGAACAGCCUAAGAAAGAUACAGCUCAGAAAGACAUAAGCAAGUGCAAGGGCACCAGUGGGACAAAGUGAUCUUUUCCUGCAAACCAGGACUCUGAAAGGGGGCUUUUCUUUAGGACUAGCUCUGUUCCCUUAGAGGAAGUGAACAGGAUGAUUGAUAAAACUCCUAGUCAAACACUAGCUAGAGUGAUGGAUGUUGCAGCUACUUGAAAAUGAGCCAUAAGGACAGUGUGAGUCCCCACAGCAGGUGUGGAAAUGUACUUUGGCAGUACUCUCACAGAGUUGUUGCCUGAAAAUCCAUUUGAAGGAAUUGAAACAAUGUUGUUUAUAGUGAUGCUCAGGUAUUAUGUUGAUAACCGCUAUUACACACACUGAAUACCACCAGGUAAAAAUCCAUUUUAAAGGCAAAGUAUUUUACAAUUUGCAGCUGUGAGUGAACUUGAAAAAGAUUGUCUCUUCAUUUAUUCUGAGAACAUUCUCUAUGUGACCUGUUUUAUGGUCAGUCUAGGGUUGAUAGGUCAUUAAGUGAUGGGGUUAGCUAAACUGAGUAGUUAUUCACAGUUUGUGCUCUGUGUGUACAUGGAAAUUGCACAUUGUGUUUUAAGAUGUGUAUGUUUGGCAGCUGAAGAAGAUGAUGAUGAGGUAGGUGACAAUUAAUAUUCAUCCUAUUAAGGAUCAAUCCUUUCCACAUUUCACAGGAUGGCUCAGACUUGCGGAUGUUUCAAAUUCUCUUCUCUUGCUGACUGACCUCUGUGCUGCUGCUUUCUUUCCCUCUUUCUGGAGGCCAUGUUUGUAUCUUUGACACCUCUAUUGUUCCCGUACCUGUUCUGUCCCACAUAACCUUUUGUCACCCUCUUCACACUCUCUUAAACCCAUUUCCAGACUCCAUUCCCUGGAGCAAUUUCCAUUCAGUGACACCACAUGGACCAUCAAAAGUCUUCUCAAAUCAUGGUUCAGGAUGUGCAGUGUGUAGGUCUGCCAGGCUUUGGAUGGCUCCAUCUGCCCCAGGACCUGUGUAACUUGAGGGAGAGGAUUCUAGCAGGUCUGUGGAAUUCAGUGUCCUUUGCUAGCCCUGAAAGCACUCGAGAUUUGGACUUUGAGAAAACAAUUUUAACUCUUAGUUUCAGUUUUCUCCCCAUUUAUUCCCUGUAGAGCUAAGGUACUCAGCUUAGUGAGAGAGAAUUUUAAUUAGGGCUUUUAGAAAACUUUCUCAAUUUGUGAUAGUUUUCUUGGAAGGCCCUAAAGUGGUGUGGAGUAAGACUUACAUGAAGACACUGGUUUGAAAUGCACACAGCCCUGCUGAAGGAGGUCUCCUGCUCUUGGAAGAAUUCUCUUGACAAGCAGGAGAAUGUUGAAAAUUGCCAUGACUAAAAUAGGACCAGACAGAGAUUAAUGCUGAACAUUCCUGAAAGUGCUUCUUAGGAGAGCUUGGUGAUUUUAAUGUGUCAGUCCUUAAAAAAAAACAAACACCUUUCACUGGUUUUCUCCUGUGGUUCUUUCCAGUGCAGAGGCAGCAUUUCCCAAAGGAGUGUUCAGCAGUGGCAAGUGGCAGUAGCAGCUGGCCCAAGAAACUUCUUUAGCACUUGCCAGGUGUGCCCAUGUGUGUGGGGAGGGCACAGAAGUGCCUGUGGGCAGGCUACAGGGCUGGUCCUCAGGGAAGGAGGUGCUGCAACAAAUUCAAGAUACUUAUUUCGGAUUUUUCACUGGCCCUCAUGAUGGGAGAAGCUGGCUGAACCUGUUCCCUGUUAGUUGUGGAGUGUAAAAAGAAGGGAGUGGAGGAGAGCUUCCAAAUAUUCCAGGAAUGGGAUAUCCGGGGAGCUAUCUAUAGAACUGGGAUUGUUCCUCUUGCUAAAGGUGCUUAGGGGUGACUUAAUUGCAGCCUUCCAGCCCCUGAAGGAAGCUUAAAGGGAACACUUCAAGAGCAUGUAUUGACAGGACAAAGGGGAAUGGCUUCAAACGAGAAGAGGAAGGUUUAGGUUAGAUAAUGGGAAGAAAUUAUUUACUGUGAGGGUGGUGAGGCACUGGGACAGGUUGUCCAGAGAAGCUGUGUGGAUGCCCCAUCCCUGGAAGUUCAAGGUCAGGUUGGACAGGGCUUUGAGCAACCUGGUGAAAAGUGUCUGCCCAAAGCAGGGCAGUUGGAAUCAGGUGAUCUUUAAGGUCCCUUUGAACCCCAGACAUUCUGUGGUUUCCUCAGGCUUCAUCCUCCUUUGAGAAGUCAUCUGUCUUUUCUGAACUCUUGCUUUCCUUUUCUGCCACUCACAGAAAUUUGUGGUUUUAUUCAAGAGCAGAGGCUUGUUCACACUUUGGCUCUGCAGGAAAAUCAAAACAGGUUCACUGGAUUACAUGAAUGUCUUGUAUGGAUCCUUUUUGAAAAUUAAAAUGGCCCUAACCCGUUUUGGAAGUAAAUUAAAUCGAAGCUGCUACACGAACUCUUAAGGAAGAGUGGCUGGCUCUAGAUAUGAUCCUCUUUAUAUUGAGACUAUCCAAAAUUCCUGCCUUUAAUUCAGGUGGAGCUUUGCCUGUGCAAGGUCACAGAAUUUCUUGGCAGCCCAGGGCUGGGAAGUUCGACUGGAUCCAGCUGCUAUUGAAAUGUCACUGUGUGGAAUCAGAGCCCCCUUUCCCCGUGGCCAGCGUUUCCCCAAGCAGCUGUGAAUUUGCUUAUUUAUUCACUUAUUUUGUCAGACUCCUGAGAACUGCAGAUCGAGCGCCAAUCUGCUCCCAGCCCCUGAUGAUUUCUGUUCCCCACGCUCGGCGCUGCGGGGUCUCGGCGCUCCGGGAGCCGGCGUGUCCCGGGCACGGCUGGUUCCGGCCCGAGCCGGGCAGACGCUGCCGCUGCCGGUGCUGCGGGGCGGGCGCGGUGCCCGGGCAGACGUGGCAGCGCCCGGGGCCGCCCCGGCGGGAGGCGGCGCCGCGGGAGCCGGCGGGAAGGAGGGAAGGAGGGAGGGCCCGGGAGCCGCCAGUAAGGCUGGAAUAAAACCAUGAAUCUUCUGCAACGGAGGAGCCAGCCCUGCAGGAAUUGGACCGAGCUGAGCUUCCACUCAGAGGAGCUUGGGCCGUGGUUGUGCUAGAGCUGUGCUUUGGGCAGGCGGAGGCGGCGCCGAGGAGACGAUGUUCAGCCGCAAUGGUGCCCGGAGUGAGGGAUAUGUCCAAGAGCUCUUCCAUGAGGAAGCACAGCAGGUAUCUCAAACACAGACCAAGCCCUGGUGGAAGAUCCAGCUGUUUGUAUGGGAGCCAGUGCUUUUUGGAACGUGGGAUGGGGUCUUCACCUCCUGCAUGAUCAACAUUUUUGGAGUGGUUCUUUUCCUGAGGACGGGAUGGCUUGUGGGAAACACUGGCAUUGUAAUGGGCAUGUUUCUGGUGUCCUUUGUCAUUCUGGUUGCCCUGGUGACAGUUUUGUCUGGAAUUGGGGUGUGUGAGAAGUGCAGCAUUGGAAGUGGAGGAGUCUACUCCAUGAUUUCUACUGUCCUUGGAGGUCAAGUAGGGGGCACCAUUGGCCUCCUUUACAUUUUUGGCCAGUGUGUUGCAGGUGCCAUGUACAUCACUGGCUUUGCAGAGUCCAUUGCAGGUGUCCUGAGCCUCAGCAACAUCUGGGCAGUGCGUGGCAUCUCCCUGGCUGUCCUGCUUGGCCUCCUGGGAAUCAAUUUGGCUGGGGUGAAGUGGAUCAUCAGGCUCCAGCUCCUGCUGCUCUUCCUGCUGGCCGUCUCAACACUGGACUUUGUCAUUGGGUCCUUUACACAUCUUGAUCCAGAGCACGGCUUCGUCGGCUACUCUGAAGAGCUGAUGUUCAACAACACACUGCCAGACUACAGCCAGGGGGAGUCCUUCUUCACUGUUUUUGGAGUGUUUUUCCCAGCUGCCACAGGUGUGAUGGCUGGGUUCAAUAUGAGUGGAGAUCUCCAGAAGCCUUCUUCCAACAUCCCUCUGGGGUCUCUGGCUGCUAUUGGCACCUCGUGGUUUCUGUACAUGGUCUUCGUUUUCUUGCUGGGAGCCAUUUGUACCCGUCAGUCACUCCGCUAUGACUUCAUGAUAGCAGAGAAGGUAUCCUUGGUGGGGUUUUUGUUUUUGCUAGGGCUGUACAUCUCAUCCCUGGCCUCCUGCAUGGGAGGGCUGUAUGGAGCACCCCGGAUCCUGCAGUGCAUCGCCCAGGAAAAUGUGAUCCCCAUGCUCGCCUUCCUUGGACGUGGGAAAGGCCCCAACAAGACUCCAGUGGCUGCAAUUUGCUUAACAAGUCUCAUCACCAUGGCUUUUGUAUUCAUUGGGCAAGUGAAUGUUCUUGCUCCCAUAGUCACCAUCAACUUCAUGCUGACAUAUAUUGCUGUGGACUAUUCCUAUUUCUCACUAUCCUUGAGCUACAACAUUCAGCAGAAACCUGAAGAGACCCAGAUGGGAACUGCUAGACCUGCUCACUCUUCCCAGCCUUUAAUUUUCAACAAGCCCCCUAGCCGUGCAGCAGAUGGAGUAAUACAAAGCAGAUCAAAUGGCACCUUGCUGGAAUUCAAAAAAGACAUGGACCAGCUUUUUAAACCAUUUUUUAGUGAGCCAAGUACUUGCAAAAGAGAAGGAGCUGAGAAAUUAACCCAAAAGGGCAAGCGAAAGAAGGCGAAGAGGCCAGCCAAGCAGACAUUACAAGACAGCUUUCUCCUGGAUCUCCAUCAUGAUGCUCCCCUGGCUCAGAACAGUUGGGAUGAGACCACGGAGCCCCACGUGAGGCAGCAGGACAUGGAUGAGCAGGGCAAUCAGUGGGAUGCAGGUCUGGGCUCAUCAUCCUCUAUGGAUGCCCAGCACAUACCCAGGAGGCUGGAGCAGAGGGAACAGCCCUGCAGUGAAGUGAUCAUGCUCCCUAGCCCAAGGGGAGAAGAAUCAUCUAUAAGGCAACAAAAUCCAGAACUGGGAAUUCAGCAAAUGCCAGAAACCUUCUACUCCAGAUUUUUCAGUCCCUGGAUUUCCUUUGCUGGUGCAAUCAUGUCCCUCAUCAUAAUGUUUGUCAUUCAGUGGAUCUACACCCUGGUCAGCCUGGGAGCAGCAGUUAUCCUGUAUUUCUACAUUGGCCAAGUCAGCCCAGGACUCCCUCUUGGAGCAGCAGCAAAUUUCAGUUUCUUUGGAUGGAUUAAGUCGGUUUUGAUCUCUUCAUGCAGGAGAAGGCCAACUCCCAAGGAGCAGAUUGUGGUGACACCAUCCUUUGCCACAGUUGGCAUGGAGACCAGGCAGCUCACGGAGGAGAACGCAGACUUCGCCUCACGGGACCGCUACCACCAGUCCUCGCUCAUCAGCAGAGAGGAAUUUGGGAGCCAGUUCCAGUGAAGGACACACAAACACAAAAAAAAAAAAAAAAUCAAUCCAUUACUUCAAAAAGCAUUUAGAAGUGCUAAUGGCUGCCACGGGUGCCUUUUGAAAUACUUGAAUGUACGCACAAAGGAUGUGAAUAGCUAUUUAUGUAUUUGAGGCUUGUUUGUUUAUGCAAACUACAGCAUUGCUGGGCUUCAAACCUUACCCAAACUGAGGGGAGAAAAUGGAAAUGAAAGAGCCAGUCCAGGGAAGUGAUGAGUUACUGAAGACAGUAUAACCCUUUUAAGGAAUUCAAUUAUAAGCCCUACUGAGCUCUAAAAAUGGUUGCUGCUCUAAAAGCUUACAACACCCCAUUUCAGAUGUCCUCUGGGUGACUGGGGACACUCUGCCUGGGAGCAGUGACGUUGACAGCAGGAGCUGGUGCCCCACUCCCAGCUGUGCCACGGAUGGAUGCGACCUUCCAGGUCAAUUCACUUCUCCUCUAGGCAUGAAUUUCCCUGCUUGUAAUACAGUAAUUUUCUACCUCAGCAUUUCAAUUACCAAGGUCUUAGAAAGUAUUUUAAGACAUUAGACAAUAGGCCAGAAUCAGUGGCAAGUACAAGAAGAUUAUGAAGUAUAUUCACAACUGAAAUCGCACAUUUAAAUGCAGGAUAAUGACCUCUUCUGUAAAACUGUGAAAUUAUGUCUUAGAAGCUGUUCGUAGUUAUUUCCCACAUCCUUUCUGAUGUGAGAGCUGAGACCUGAUGAAAUAGCUGGGCCCACUUAAAGCAUCUCCUGGCUGAAGGGACAGAUGGUUCAGAAUUGCUUUAGCAAAAUAAGUUUACCCCCAGCACCACACAUCAGUUCUGAUAUUAUGAGGAGGGGGAAAUCACUGCCUUUCACUUUGUUUCACCUCUGAUAAUUUCAGCCUUUAGAUUAUUUAUUUCUCCUUCUGUGCAAUAAAAUCCUGAGACACCA